AUGGGUCCGCUGGAUCGUGGGCUACUAGAGUCGGCGCGAGCUGAGUUUCGCGCCGCUGGUGACGCGAGCGGAGCAUCCGAAGUGGACGAAACGCUCAUCAAGAUAAAAGCCGACUUUGUGAUGGAGGCAAUGGAGAUGGCACGCAAGUCCCGAGACUACGAUCGCCUGCAAGAGCUGAUGUUCGAGGCAGUUCACUACUUCGCUGUCCUGGCACGCCACGGAAAAAUCAACCGACACGACUCUCUAGGCGCAAGCGACCGCCGAGACGCAGGCAAGAGAACAUACGAGCGCUUGCGACAACCCCGCCGUCUCUGCCGCGAGUAUGCCCUGGAAGACGGUCGCAGUUCCCGGGAGGCGGCGGCGGCACUUGCGAAGAAGCGUAAGUACGCCCAGGCGCGAUUGCGGCUGGACGAUGCUCGUCGGUGCUUUGACUGGGCGGGAGAUGCGCAGGAAGACCUGCGGAAGCUUACCAGCGUUGAGUCUGAAGUCGAGAUGCGGGAAAACGCCACCUGCGGGGAUCGCCUGACGGAGAGUGUCGCGAGCAAGCUGCAGUUUCUAACGCCGAAGGACUACUCAGGACUGUUCUCGGAGCUGUCCCAGGCCGCGACGGCAUACGAGGUCGCCAAGGAUCAAGACGGGAAAAAGGUGGUGUGCAUAGUGAGGGCCGCGUUGGAGCUUGUGCUGUCGGCCGAGCAGCGGUGGAUGCAAGCAACCGACGCGCUCAAGCAGCGGAACUACGCGUCCGCGUCGCAGCUCAUGAAAGAAACCAAGCGCUUCAUCUCCGACGCGACGAAAGGCCUCCCCUUCGUGAGCCCGUCGCUGGCGCGCGCGGGAAAGGUCCUGUCGCCUCCCGGUGGUCUGGACCCAGUCGACAUCGUGGCGGAGCUGGCGGCCCUAGACGGCCUGAAGGCCCACACCAAAUCCAUUCGGGCCCUUGAACAGGGCAUGCUAGACAAAGCGCAGCAGCUGAACGUGAGCGCCCGAGAGGUGUUUGAGUUUACCGCACGCUGCUGCAGUACAACCAGCAGGUGUCGGAGCGGCGAUGGCGGCGGCGAGAGCAGUAGUAGCGUCCGUUGCUGCAGCAGCCCUUCCUCAGCGACCGGAGGAGGUACCACCGCUGGUGCUGGUGCUGCCGCUAGUAUUGGCGAUGACAAGAAAAAUGACUAUGACGUCACGGGGUUUUCUCUGUCCGUCGAAGAGCUGAACGAGGGCGAGGCGUUGCUCGUCAAGGUCCGUCGCUCCACUUCGGCCCCCGCCAGCCCGGAUAAUUGCAGCGCCAAGCCGAAGCCAAGGAUGGCUGUUCACCUGGGCGUUCGCCAUCGAGUUGAGGACCUCCUGGACGACGUGUCCGAGACAGAAGACAUCAUCACCCGCAACAAGGCUCUCGAGCGCGGCGACAAGCUCAUGGCCGCCUUUUGGGCCUCCUUCGGAGUAAGCUCGGCACAAUCCGCUACAGCCGCUGCAGCCGCAACGGCAAUGGUGUCUCCGAGCACGGAGACAGGCCAGCGCGACGUUCGUUCUACCACCGUGGACACAAGAGGCGCCACCAUGGCGGGCGUCGUCACCGUUCGCAUGACUGCUACUACAGCAAGUCACGCCACAAGUGCCAACAAGAACACCACCGGUGUAGCUAGCAAAGGCGAAAUGGGCAGAGGUGCAAAGGGGACGGAAGGGGGCGAACAACAGCUGCCGGGACCCGGCGGAGCGCUGAGCCCGGAGACUGCUUCGAGGUGCCUUGGGCUCCUAGCGGAGGCAAAAGAGGCGUACGACGGGCAAGGCUUCGCGCAGCAGGCGGACGGGGCGGCCAGGUUGAGAGCAGGGCUAGUCGCCGAUCGCUGUCUUGCCAAAGCUUCCAGCCUUGCUCCACCAGCGGCCGCCACCUCUACCGCUUUCGCCACCACCGCCAUGGCCACAGCCGCAGCCACUGCACAACGCAGCGAAACAGGAACAAAUCCUGCCAUUGGGGUCGACGGCGAGCAAAGGCUGGCUCCGGUGAUGGGGGAUGGCGGCGUUGGGGUGGGUGGUGGCGGCGGUAGGGAGAGAGACUUUGAGGCAGCCAGAGCGGCGGUAAAGGAAGCCGAGGAAAACUACGAAACAGCUGGUAACGAGAUGGGUGCACUGGUGGCGAGGAGGAUGGAGAUGUCGCUCAGGGGCGACGAGGCAAUGGUUUCGAUAGACACGCUUCUCGAGAAAAGAGGCGGAGACGUGGAGGCGUCGAGAACACUGUGCGAGCAAGCUCAAAGCUGUUUUUCCUUCGUCGACCGAGAGGCCUUGGCUGAUGCAACCGCCGACGUCUACGCUGCGAUUCACAUGGUGACAAGGCUCGCCUCCGGCGAUGCCGCCGUGGCGGCGGCCGAAGCGGCCUUCGCGGAAGGGGCGAGCGACAACGCGGCGCAAUUUCUGCGGGAAGCGAAAUCCUUCUACCACCGUGCACAGUUGUCAUAUGAGGACUUGGUGGACCAGGUCACGACCCUCCUAGAAGAACGCCCUGGCGAUCUCGAGGCGGCUCGGAACGCGAUGGAGCUACAAGACAACAUCAAUGCGAUCUAUGACAGCCGACGGGAUGGCCAGAGAGCUGUCUACGUGGAGUUGCGCCUGGAUUGUCUUGCCGCAGAUACCUCCCUGGAAAACCUUGCCCAGGUGGUGGACCACGAGCAGUUCGAAGACGCCCGCACGCUGCUCUCCGCCGCAGCGCAGGUCUACGAACGCUCCGCCGACAAGGCCCGACUGUCGAAGGGCGGGGAGAACGGCGCCAAGACGGCCGUGCUCCUGCGGGUGCGAUCCGCCGGCGAAGCCGACCGAGCUUCCGCUCUCGACCUUCUCGAACGGAAACACUUCGAGGCCGCCGAGCGAGCGGCCUUCUCCGCCCGCGAGAGGUUGAUGUGGUGGGCUGACAACCACGAAGACAGCGGUGACAGUGGCGGCGGCGACAGCGAAGCAGAAGGAGAGCGUCGCCUCGAGCGCGACCGGCGCCAAGCCGUCGUCCGGGCGGCGGAGGAGCUCACGACGAGCGUAGCUGCGGCCGUGGGGCAAGCAAGGGCCGAGGGGCUCAUGGAAAAAGGGAGGGGGCUCAAGGCGAUGGGGGACUACGUCGCGGCGGUGAAGACUCUACGGUCGGCGGCGGAGCUCUUCCACGACGCGGGACUCGCGCAAGAAGCGUUGGUGACGCGCACCGAGGCCGCCCGGACACAGGCGGAGGCGCUUCUGCUGACGUCUGUCGAGCUGCACGGCGAAGGCAACUUCGAGGCCAUCGCGGAGCAUCUUGAUAGAGCAGAAGCUCUACUGCUCGACGCUCAGAAAGAGGUCGCCGGGAGCACCUUGGUUGCGGCCGACGGUACGACGAUCACCUCAACAGCAACAGCACAGCUGUCUUUGGUAGGACUUCCUAGCACUAGCGGCGACGUUGACAUUGGUCGCGCUAUUACUGUUGACAGCGGUAAAAAGUGCGGUGGGAGUGAUGUUGGAAGUCAUGUCCUGCCAGGGAUAGAGGACGAUCAGGAUGGGGCGUGGGCACAAUGCCACAUUCUCGAUGACCUUGUCAACUUACGAUCUCGCGUGGCCGGGGAUAUCGUCAUGCGUGGCGUAGCACCCGCGCUCGACGCGCGAGAAUACGACGAAGGGCUGCGGCUGUUGCAAGAGGCUGAAGCCCACUACACCACCAUCAAGGCGGGAAGAUGGAUGACGUCGGUUGCCGCCGCCGUCGCUGUCGCUGCGGGCAAGGAGAAUUCCUUGUCGUCACCAUCGUCCACGCCCAAGGAGCUGGUGACGAAACGGGCGGCUCACGACGGCGAUCAACUGCGCGCGAAGGCGGCCACGGCGAUUCAAAAGGAGAAGAACCCCGUCAAGGCGCGGGAGUUGCUCUCGGGGGCGGAGGCAUGCAUGGCUUGGGCCGGCGUCGAUCCGUUCGCUGCCGGAGCGGCGGCGGUUUCCAAGGACAUCAACGUGUUCGAGAGCCGCGAGGCAGGGGAUGAGAUCUGCAAGGGGCUGAUCGGCCUGCUGCGGGAGAGGGAGUUCGAACGCGGGAAGGGCAUCCUAGAAGAGGCCCUCAGCAAGUACCGCCAGGGCGACGCCUUCAAACAGAUAGCUGACACGCGGGCAAUCAUGUUCUGCGUCGAGCGGGAGUCCGAAUUGUGUGCUGGCGUCAUCUCUGCCAUAAGCGCACGCGACCCGGUUGCGGCGCUCAAGAUGCUCGAAGAAGCUCGUCCGGUGUUCCAGAUAGCUGCGGAACUGAGGUCGGCAGUGUUGCAGGAGGCCGCCGAGCUCAUCGGGAUGAAGCACCAGCACAUUACAAUAUUAAGCACGCUCUGCCGAGCGUGGAUGAACUGUGUGAACGGUGUUUUUCCAGCUUCCAGCGAUGAAGACGGCCCCCCUAACCCAGCAGGCGUCUUAGACAGGGCCAUGUCUGACCUUCGCACGCUCGUGGCCUCUGGGGUGUCUGUGUUGGACGUUCCCCUCGACCUCUUCCGAGAGUCAUGCGACAGCGUGUCCGCAGGCAUUGUGAAAACACGGACAACCCCAUCGCAGGAGGCAUCGGUCGCGCAGGCGGCGGACGCAGAGUCGUCGACAUCGGAGUCCGAGGCGGUAGCUGCAAUGUCUACUGCUCUCGGUGAUGCGAGAGUGGGUGGUGGUGGGGAUGACGUAUCGGACACUGUUGAUGAGACCGGUACCGCACGGGACGGCAGUGUAAAUAGCGCUCAAUGCGUUUCACCAACAGAAGACGCAGCAGGCGGCACCACAGACGGUUCAAUCAGUGGGAACACGGACAGGGCGCCAUUGAAUGGAGACGCCGCUGUUGUCAUCGACGACGAUACGAUUGAUACGGUUCAGCAAGGGCAAGCUUCAGAUUCUCAAGGAAUAGAGAGCAGGGAGCCGAAAGAGGGAGCGGGGGGUGAGACGGACUGGUCAUCGGUUGACCCUGACAAGGACAGCUGUUCGUUGUCUACGCUCGGCAGUCUGGGGGAUAACGAUGCACUGUCACUCUCUUCGUCGACCACGGACAGAACUCUUCAAUCUGCCGACAACAACGAAGACACGUCGAGAGGGGGGGGGGAGGGGUCACAAGACGUCGUGGCGGGAUUCGAGGCCAACGGUGGCGGCGGCGAUGACGACGACGACGGUGGCAGUGGAAGCUCCGAGGGCGUCACCGGGGAGCUACUCUCAAACAGUACUGGCACAGAGCAAGCAGACAGGCACUUGAAGGGGCGGGGCAACAACGCGACAGACAGCAGGUCGCUGGCCAACAACCUAGCGGUUGCAGUCGAAGGUGAUGCUGCAGACAGAAGAAACAGCUCCAAACCGAUAUCGACCAAGGCUCCGGAAGGACCCGCCUCGACCAACUCUGCAGACCCUGACGCUACAAGCGCCGACAGCCUGGGGGCUCAAUUCCCUUCUCGCCAGUCGGCUCCUACUCCGGAAGCCUUCAAGAAGCUGCACAGGUGGAGGGGGCAAGCGCGGUUGAUGACGAGGGAGGCUUCGCGACGGUGGGGACUGCCAACCAAGGGGGAAGCUCCAGGGAUCAUCUCGAAAGUCAUGCGGCUGCAGCGGCAGGAGUGGAGACACUAUCUGGCGGGGACGAAGACGACGUGA